UCCCUCUCGUCUCACACUUGCCGUCUAUUUCUACCCCAACCUCUCUGUGACGUCGUUGGUCUAGUGUCAACGCUGCCUUUCUGGUUUUGUUCUAGCCUGGAUGUUUGUCUGAGUGUGCAUCGGUUCCGGGGUAUAUCCGCAGUUUCUUAGCAUAUUUCUGUAAUUUGGUUACGGUGCUCGGCACUGACGUAGUUGUGUUUCUUUUUGCUACUUUGCCUCGCUCUGUUGUUGCGUGUUGGAGGUGGGUUUUGAUCUGGUUGGAGAGGCCCUUGGGAGGAGGUGCAUUGGUGGUUGGGCGACGUGGGUUGGUUGCUUCCCCCGGUGCAUCGCGUGGUCCACACGUUUCUGUGUUUUGGUUUGUGGCUUUUGGAGGGAGGUGCAGAAGUGGGUCAUUGUGAACGGUUGUUGAUUUUGGCCCGUGUUCUGGUUUGCAAGUUCUUAGAUGUGACCUUGGGAGGAGCUUCACCGCUGGUUGGUGUGGCUGCUCAAUCUCGAAAAGUUGGCUUGAGGUGUGAUUCGAUUCCCUCGGUUGAGAAUGCGGCCUUUGUAAAAAGAAGAAUCUUCUUUCUAUUUUUCUCGCUCUGGAUAUUUCAUGUUGUUCUCCAUUUCUGGUACGGAGCGACGGUCUUGACUUUUGCGUAGAGUUUGGAAAGUGGUGUAUGCCUAGCGGCAUUUCGGAGCAAUGUGCCGAGGAUGCUGGCCAAUUUCCUCACUGUAUCCCGACACUCGCUUGGAUAGGUCUUUAUUACUGUCGUUAGCGUGCGUCAUGAAGUGAGCGAACGUUCCUCCGGGUAUUGCUCCGUGGUCCUGUGAGUCUUUGACGAUGACUUGAUUACCGUGUUGGCGAUUUUGCGUUUUCUUCACCGCGUUAUCGUGAUGGGUGCGGUUCUACUCAUGUAGCUCAUCGGUUGCCUGGAGUUGUUGCACGUAGUGGUAGAUUGAGGCAAUCUUUUAGCGUGUUGAUGAAACUCGGAGCUCACGGACAGGUUUGACUCGACUGUCCCUCUCGUGCCUCACCUUUUGCCAAAUAAUGGCUGUUGCGUGUUGUAAUCUCGCAACAUGGUUUGCAAAGCAAUCUGUAGAGAGACAGGUUGCGACGACGAAUGCGACGUCUACCUCACGUCAAGCUUGAUAUCGCCCUUCUGUCAUUCCUGAAGUUCAUCAGAGUUUGCCAAGCGCUCCGUGUGCGAGGGAUAGAAUCAUAAACUCCAUCGUUUAUAAUAUGGCAGCUCAAGGCGGGCCUGCUGUCAGGGCUCGCAAGGUUCCAAAGGACCACGGCGGACGUGAAAAUUCCAUCACUGAAGCGUCAGAGAGGGUGUUAGGCGACAGCGGGACUACUUGUGGCUACCAGGAAAGCGACAAAGACGGGUGCUGUGAUGACCACCCUCCUAAAAGUCCUAGCAGAGCGAAAGACUUGUGGCGUAAAGUGAAGAAGCAAUAUGCCUUAGUUGAAUAUCACGUCUUGCCAGAAUAUCUCAGGGACAACGAGUUUAUUUUGCGGCAUUACAGGUCUGAUUGGCCUAUGAGAGAAACGUUGCUGAGUAUAUUCACCAUCCACAAUGAGACCCUCAACAUAUGGACACAGAGAUGUGGCCACAAUGUUAAUUUCGCUAAUCGGAGAAUGAUUCAUGCAGGCAUUUGAUUGGUUUUUUGCUUUUCCUUGCUCUCACGAUUUACACAAUGCGGCAAGUACCGAAAGAAGGGGCCCUGGCUGAGCGGCUUUCAAGCAUGGUGCACAUGCCUAAGCGUGGUGACCUGCAUCAACUUCACGUUGAGCUAGUGACCUGCUUUCCUGCAUUAGCCAAUGUACCUUCGUUUCUUCAAGAGCAUUUACCUCAUAUCCUAUCCAAGUGUGUUCCGGACACUCCUAUUAUUGCUGCUAACAGUACGCAGCAAUGCUUCAUGCAAACCAUGAAAGACUCGUUAGGCGAGGAGCUGGACAUGAUGAUUGCAGGCGCCACGCGGGUGCCGUUUUUGGUGUUCAUGGGAGGAUCUAUGUUCUGUCUCUUAUCAAGCAGUUUUUGCCACCUCUUGUCCUGUCACUCUAGUACCUUGACAUACUGGUUGUUGCGCUUAGACUAUGUGGGCAUUGCUACCAUGAUUGCCACGAGCUUCUUCCCCCCUGUCUAUUACGUAUUCUUAUGCCAGCCAAUGUGGCGACACAUCUACUUGACUGGUAUUUCUCUGAUAGGGGUCGUAACCGUGGUUGUAUUUCUUGUGCCCGCAUUUCAAACAGCCAAGUAUCGUCCCAUGCGAGCCAUUGCCUUUGCAGCAAUGGGGAUGUCUGGAAUCAUACCUGCUGGACACAAGAUUUUCUUCUAUAUCCACGAACCAGUCUGCUUAGAGACUUUGUGGUAUGAGAUUGGCAUGAGUCUAUUUUAUCUUCUAGGAGUGAUAAUAUACGUCACACGGAUUCCUGAACGAUGGAAACCAGGUAUGUUCGACAUCGCUGGCCACAGCCAUCAGCUGUUUCAUGUGUUAGUUAUUGCUGGGGCUUACACUCACUACAGAGCCGGAUUGAUCUAUAUGAACUGGAGGGAUGCUCAUGGGUGCGUUCCUGGUUCACUCAUUUGAUUGAGUAGGUUUAGCCCAGAACCCGAGGGCUGAUUGUAGUAUAUCACAUGGAUUGGAUUUAGCCAUUCUUCACCUAUCCCGUCUCAUUGGUUGUCUCUUUUACCUGCUGAGGCCUUUGUGGGACUUGAGGUGGACAAUAGUUCAUGGCAGUUCUAAUUCAAUAUUUGUAUUAUUCUUGCUUUUAGGCAUUCGAUGCAGUUGAUGCCUUCAAGCCAAUAAUGUAACCAAAACAUUUAUCUCAGAA